GUGCGGGGAGCUUGUGUCCAGGGCGAGUUGUGCGCGGCUGCUUCUCUCCGCCGCCUCGGUCCCCUCUGCCCAGAGGAUGCGGCGUGGAGUCAGGGCUGCGCCUCCCCUCUCUGGGCUCUUGUGGGUUUGAGAACGAAUGGGCUCUUAAAAAAACACCUGGUUUUGGAAUUGGUGGCAGCCCCUCUGGUUUACAUGCAGCCUGUCACGCUUGCAACUGUUCUUUAUUGCAGAGCAAGGCUUCCUGCUUGCCCCCCUGUCCCCUCUUUUUUUUUUUUUUUUUUUUUGGAAUGGAGAUUUCUUCCCAUCAGUUUCACCUCCUGCAGCAACUCAAUGAGCAGCGCAAGCAAGACUUGUUCUGUGACUGCUGUAUCCUGGUGGAGGGGAAGGUCUUCAAAGCCCAUCGCAAUGUGCUGUUUGCCACUAGUGGUUAUUUCAAAAUGCUCCUUUCCCAGAGCUCAAAGGAUCCGAGUCAGCCAACCACUGCUACCUUCCAGGCCUUUUCUCCUGACACGUUUACAGUUAUUCUGGAUUUUGUGUAUUCUGGCAAACUUUCCCUCACUGGCCACAAUGUGAUUGAGGUCAUGUCGGCUGCCAGCUAUCUUCAGAUGACUGACGUUAUUAGUGUGUGUAAGACGUUCAUCAAGUCCUCCCUGGACAUCAGUGAGAAGGAGAAGGAUCGGUAUUUCAGCCUGUCGGACAAAGAUGUGAACUCCAAUGGCGUGGAACGCUCCUGCUUGUAUGGGGCUGACUGGAGAACGGAAAACAGCCCCCCUCAUUCUCACUUAAACCCUGAUCAAGGGACUUGCGUGAUGAGUGGCAAUGCUUGGAGCAAUUUCAGCUACUAUCCAGCUUCGCAGAGAAAUGCGCAGCAGCAGUUGGCCAAACAUGACCAAAGGCAGGAGUCUAUCAAAAAGACUAGACAUUUGGGAUUGCAACAAUCCUCCGACGUUCCCCAUUAUAAGUCAAGCAAGCUUGAAGACCGAUCCGCAGACCCUCCUAGCCACCUUUCUCCAUCUGAGGAGGAAGUCCAAAUUGACACAGAAAUUGACUCUGCCCAUGCUGGGUACCAGUAUGGUCAGGGGUCCGAGGUGAUGCCAAGGAGCUUGGUUGUGACACAGCAAGAACACGAAUCACCCCAUUCUUCUAGCAAGUCAAAGUCCUCAAAAGCCGAUGAGCAGUAUGGCAACAUACCCUCAAUUUUAGGUGUAAUGGGGAGCUGGGCUGAAGAUGAUCUGCCCAGGAUGAGAUUCAAGUGCCCUUUCUGCACCCAUGUGGUGAAGCGAAAAGCGGACCUAAAGCGCCACCUUCGUUGCCAUACAGGAGAGCGACCUUAUCCCUGUGAGGCAUGUGGAAAAAGAUUUAGCAGGCUAGACCACCUAAGUAGCCAUUUUCGAACAAUUCAUCAGGCCUGCAAGCCAAUCUGCAGGAAGUGUAAACGCCAUGUGACUGAGCUUACAGGGCAAGUGGUCCAAGAGGGGACCAGACGAUACAGACUCUGUAACGAGUGUCUGGCUGAAGCGGGCAUAGACAGCAUCCGCAUUGACUUGGAUGGCGAACCACAACUUGACUUUCCACAAGACGGGGAUAAAGAUUCUAGGUGGAAUUACAGCGAAGACAACCGGUCGGAUGUGGAGAUUGUGGAAGAUGGAUCUACCGACUUGGUCAUCCAGCAGGUUGAUGACAGUGACGAUGAAGCAGAAGAACAGGAAGUAAAGCCAAAUAUUAGGUAGUUGUGAGUGAACUGAAAAUUAGUGAAAUGUCCCCUCCUACAUUGACUUCCUGUGUCUUGACCAUUCGUUCCCAACCAGCCUGUUCUUACUAUACAAAGAUCUACUUACUACAUUGGCUUUUCAUGAACUUGUCUAAAUUUGCAUGCAUUUAUGGACAUGCCACUGAGUCCAUUUUGAAUUUCAUUACUCAAAGUAUCAACAUUUUGCUCAUUAGAAUUCAUCCUGAGAUGGAAUAAUGGAUGAACAAUGAAUCUGACGUACUAAAAUAACUCUUUAUAGCAGACGGUGGGUCCCUUUCGCAAACCCUUUUUUCAUUGUGGGGAGGGGUAAAAACAUUUUAAGACAAAUUUCACACUUCAUUGUAAAUUACCCUAUUUUAAAACUUUUCUAGGCAUGGCGGUGGGGGGAUUAUAGCCAGGAUCACCUGGUGACAGCACAGUACAAGAAGGUAGCUCAGUGUAGAACAUAAGAAAAAAUCUUCUUUAAAAUCCAGAAAUGAGGGUGCCCUUCUAUGGAAUUUAAUAAUGUCUUGAUAUCCAGUUUAGAGAAGCCAGGCAGAGCUUUCAGAAAUAUUGUAUAUAAAAUGUUUUAGAUGUGAUAGCGCACAUAUUGGGAAAAGCACUUUUUUUUUUGUAAAAUUUCUUCUUUAAAAAAAAAAAAAUUAGACCAUUCAUUCAAGAAAUCUUUGCCCAGAAAAUAAACAAAUGGAUACAACUUCUAGUAAAUGCAUGACAGAUCAAGUGAUGGCUGACCAAAAUCAUUCACUCAUACCGUUAAAUGUUUAUUCAGUCUAAAAAUUGGGAAUACUCCUUCUUCCCAUCAGACUUACUCAGUCUUUUGUUAACUGCUGAGGAAAGCAAUUUUUAUAAAAUAAUUUAAAAAAAAUUUUUUUAACUUCUCUAAAGUGCCAAACCGACAUGACUGAGAAUUGUAUGUAAUGGAGACAAUCUUUUGAGCCACACAGGACUCUGACCAAAAGAGGAACUUUAUGUUGCUCAAAAGCUUGUCGCGCUCACCAACAGAUGUUUAUCCAAUAAAAGUUAGUACCUCACCCAUCAUGAGUGAGGUUUGUUAGUUAUAAGAACAGAAACUGCCUUUAGUAAUGCUACUUGGAAAGGAAAUUCAAAGGCGAAAGGGUUGUUUUAGCCUUCAUGCUAGUUCCCCUCUUAAGCCUUCCCUUAAGUUAUCAACAAUGGUUUCACAGCUAACUAACAUGUAUACUAGGGAUGUAAGCAACUACAUGACUAUCUGAUCAGCAUAAGCUUAUCGGAUUGUCGACUAGUCUCUCAGCUGGUUGCUUCUCCCUCCCCCUUGCUGCCUCUAUCAGAGAGAGGCAGCAAGAAGGGGAAGCAGGAGCCGGUGCUGGGGGGAGCCGACUUAAAAAUCGCUUCCGCCCAGCACCGUCUCCACUGGAGGCAGGAGAGGGCAGAGGGGUAACGGGCACCAGCCGUGAGCUGGGAAUCAGCUGAUUCCCAGCUCGCACCCAGUCUUAGAUGCUGUGCCCCCACUUUUAAAAUGUAUUAAGAGCUAUAAGGCCCUUAAUGCAUUUAAAAAGCAGAAGUGCAGUGGGGGAGGGACCCGGCGCAAUAAACACAAAUCAACUGUCCCAGCUUGCGUCUGGUCCCCAGUGCUGCACACCAGCCUUUUAAAGGUAUUAAAAGCCUCCUGGCUCUUAAUAUCUUUAAAAGCCAGCGCCACAAUGGGGUUAACUCCUGGGGUCAGGAUCUAACCCCUUGCAGCUCCCCUGCUUAUCAACUAGUCAAUUAGUUCAUCAAACUAAAUUUAAUAUCCCUAAUGUAAAAUUAGUUGGUAUUAGUUAUGGUCCUAAGCCACUGAAUAUACAGUGGUCUGUACUCAGUUUGAAUUGGUGAGUUAAAAGGUCCACGUAACUUAAUGUUCCCAAAGUCAUUCAGUUACCAAACAAACCUAGUAAUCUUUUCCUGAGCUUUCUCAGUUAUAGGAAGCACCAGUGAACAAUAUGCACUGAAAACAAUAUUUGCAAUUUGUUACUUUGUCUCCAGUUAGAAUACAAGAGGUGAUAAGUGCCAACCAGAGACUGCUGCAGAAACAAAAUAAGCCGCUUUUACUCUCUGAUACAGUGAAUGAGUUAACCAGCACUGCAAACAUGAAACAAACCCAUGCAUGUUAGACAGAAAUAAUCUGGAGUUGGAUAAUUAAAAGAUAAUUUAACAUCAUUAUUAAAAGCUUCAUCCUGCCCUUAUGAAAAUUACUGAUAGAAUUUAUUUCAAUGGGUGCAGGAUUGUACAUUUCUAUUUUCUAGAAGUCUUUCUUGUCUGAAUUUUUCUCUGAUAGUAAAUUGCA